AUGUCGUCUCAGAUUCUUCCAUUCACAGAAGCAAAUUCACGCAGAAUAGCAUCAUUGUUCCGCCAAGCUAUGCGUACAGCAUUCGACCACUCAUUGAAAUUUGACGUGUACCGUAAUGCAACCAUCAACAUUAGAUCACAAUUCCAAGCUAACAAGGAUGUAUCGGACCCAGAGGAAGUGGAUAGAUUGGUCAAAGAAUGUGAAGCUAAAUUGCAACACUGGAAACACCCAGAUCCUUAUAUCUCACCAUGCAGGCCAGGAGGAACCAAGUACGAGAGAAAUAUUCCUGUUGCUAGAACACCACUCAUACCUGGUGACUGGUAA